CCGCCGCUGCUGCUGCUGCUGCUGCUGCCAUGGAGGUGCUCUGCGUGCUGCUGGCCUCCGCCCUGCUCCCGCUCCUGCCCCCCUCCGGGGCCUCCGUGCCCACGCUGGCGCCGCCGUUGACCAUGGUGGUGGACGGGCAACACCGGCAGCUGGUGGUGUGCGUGGUGAGCGACGUGUCGCCCGGCUCCGGCGACGCCGUCUGGAUCUCCAGCGGGAACGGCAGCGCCCUGCAGUCCUUCACCUACGGGGCCUCGCCGGAGGACGGCGGCACCGUCUGCGCCGUCUCCAUCCUCCCCGAAAGCCCCCCGGAGGGUGGGCUUCUGGCUUGCCACGUGGGGCCCAACAGCACCGCUCCGGCCCGCAGCUCCAGCCCCGUCCCCGUCAUAGGCAGCGGCGAGGAGGCAGAGCCGUGCCCCAGCGCCAUGAUCGGGCCUCGUGCCUGCGCCUCCGCCGCCCUGCUGGCGGCCGCCCGCCUGGUGCUGCUGAAGGUGGCGCUCCUCGACGCCCUCCUCACCUCCGCCCUCCUGGCCCAGCGGUGA